UACGACAACAAAUAAUAUAAUAUACACGGCCCAAAUCACACCCGAAAUCCAUGGCAAUAUCCUCUCUCCCGCCUCUCUUCUCCUCCAAACUCCCCUCGCCAAACCCUAACCCUAACCCUAACCCUAGAACCCCUCCCCAGUUUAUACCCUCGGCCACUCGAUCCCCCACCUCCACCGAUUCCCUUCGCGCCAAAUCCCACCUCCUAACCCUAAUCUCCGACCAAGACCGCGGCGUCAAGACUCAACGAAAUCCCUCGAAGCGAUCCGAGAUCAUCGACGCCAUCGACGAGCUCGCAGUCUACGGCAAGGACGCGAUAACGACAGACUCGUCGCUGACUGGAACAUGGAGGAUGCUGUGGACCACGGAGAAGGAGCAGCUGUUUAUAAUCGAGAAAGCUUUCGUCUUUGGGACGGAGACUGGAGAUGUUCUUCAGGUGAUUGAUGUUGAGAAGGGGGUUUUGAAUAAUGUGAUCACGUUUCCACCGGUUGGGGUUUUCUUUGUUCGGUCUUCGAUUGAGCCCGUGCCGCCUCAGAGAGUGAAUUUUAGGUUUACUAGUGCUGUGCUGAGAGGAGAGAAUUGGGAGAUACCUCUGCCGCCAUUUGGUCAAGGAUGGUUUGAGUCUGUGUAUUUAGAUGAUGACAUACGUGUCGCAAAGGACAUUCGAGGGGAUUACUUGGUCGUUGAUCGAGCUCCUUAUUCUUGGAAAGAAUGAAAAGAAGAAGAUUUAUAAUCAACUGCGCUUGUGACACUGUUAUUGGAGCAGCAAAAGGCUGUAAAGCAUGUACUCGAGGGUGUUGUGACAUGUUGUAUAUCUGUGUUACACGGAUACUUCAAUGUGAAUGACAUCCAUCUCCAUUGCAUAUCCGAUGCUUGGAUAUUUGGAUACUUGAGGGAUACUUAUUGUUCUGCGAUGUAUCCUAAAGAAGUUAUAAUGUAUUUUGAACAUAGCAAAGAUGUACAGAUAUGUAUCUGAGUUUAAGAAGUUAAAAAAUAUAGUCAAUUUCAUUGAACUUGUAAAUGCAUAAUGUACUCUGUCCAGGUUCAACUAAGAACCACUGCUUACAUCAUAGUUAUUGAUUUAUUUACUUUGGAGAUC